CCCGCGGUCCCCGCCCCGUUUGACUGUCGGUCGGUCGCCAAUCUAAAGAUAUUGUGAUGUACGAAAAAUAUUAAAUAUUCUUUGGUUUUUAUGAGUUUAUUGUUAUAAAUCCUGUAUAUUUGUAUUAGAUUAUAAUGGAUAAAUGUGGUAUCUGUCUAAAGCCGGCACUCCAAUUAUUUGAGACUGGCAAGGAUGGUGUUUAUGCAUGUUUCAAGUGCCAGCCGCUUGUGCCUGAGGUGACCAUUGGGGACAGUUCGGAACAAAGUACUGACCCCCCUGAGACAUCUGAACCUUCUGAGGCAACUGAACCUGCCGCCAAUAAUAGUGAAGAGGAGAAUAAUGAAGCCCUGUACUGCGGCAUUUGCGACAAGACAUUUCAGAAGACAAUGCAGUUGCAGAACCAUUUACGCAAUCACCGGGCCGAAAGACGUUUUGUGUGCACUUAUUGUGAUAAGGCAUUUUCCCAGUCAAACAACUUGAGGGCCCACCUUCGUAUUCACACCAAUGAGAGGCCUUUCAAAUGUGUGGAGUGUGGGAAGGCCUUUACUCAGGUGACCAAUUUAAAUAAUCAUGUACGGCUGCAUACGGGCGAGAGGCCUUUCGUGUGUCCAGAGCCUGGCUGCAGUAAGGCAUACGCUCAGGUAACAAAUUUGAACCAACAUCGUAAACGGCAUUUGAACGGUCGGCCAGUGGAGGCCACGUACGACUGCAACGUGUGCGGCGAGCAGUUCCAACAGCGAAACCACAUGUAUAGUCACAGACGUGAAGCCCACGGUGACCUAAAGAGUCCGAGCGGGCGUAGCUCGGGCAGCCGGUCGGCGCGCUAUACGUGCCAGGUGUGCGAGGCCGUACUGCCGAGCGAGCGAUUACUCAUGCAACACGUCAACCAGCACGUCGCCGAGGGAGAGACGCCGCAGAAUAAGGAUAAUCGGUCGGAGGCCGCGGGCGAGACGGAGGGCGGCGCGGGCUCGUUCUCGUGCGUGUUCUCGUCGUGCGGCGCGCGCGUGGCGUCUGCGCGCGCGCACGCCGCGCACCUGCUGCGCGCGCACCAGCUGCGCCUCACACCCGCGCACGACGCGCCGCCGCGCCGCGGCCGCCCGCCCAAGGUAAUGAAGCCGCAGGACCCUUUACUUAUAAAAGAAUCUGAUUAUCAUGAGGUGAAAUUGCUAAACGCCCAACAAGUGCGGUUCCUGCCGAAACUAAAAGUGCAGAGUUUGUUUCAAUGAGUGGCCGGCAACGUGUGAGACUCGACCAACUGUGCUAAGUGACAAGUAUCUGACACUGUUACGUAUUUGAUUAACUUUAGACAUGUGUGGAGCAAAUAAUCUGUACUUAACGUUCUAAGCCUGUUGAACACUGACACGUAGAGUACUGCAAGAAGUCUAUAAUCAAAUGGAUAAUUGUAAUGUGAACACAAAAUUGAUAAAUGUCGCAUUUCUCUGUCUUGACGUGAAACGCCUUUAAUAUAUUUGAAAUUGGUCAUAAUUUACCAUUGUUUCGCAUCCUUUCUACCAGUUUUUUAUGACAUAAAAAUGUACCGAACUCGCCUGCACUAUCAGUAUAUGCUGGCAGGAUACCAGUGAAGCCGUAAUGAUGAAUUCAGUACGAUUUUAUCAUAAUGAGUUCCAGGAAGACUCGCGUGGAAGUCGACCUGGCAUGGUAUGGUUAUAUUAAUGGGAAAUAAGGUUUCCUUUAUUAUCCCUUCUUCCUUCUUCUAUCAGUAGGUGUUUAAGCAAGAUAGAGAGCGUUUUUGUCGAUGUUGUGGUCACAUGGCAAUAAAUAAAUUUGGAUAUAGCUUUCUUGGCUUAAUGUGGAGCACAAUGUAUAAGGCAAACUACAUGAAAUGGUUAAAUGUAUUAUUUAAUUUUAUUUUUAAAAAUAGACAAAGAUGUCAAUAAUUUUAUAAUACAUUUUCCGCCAAUAGAAGGGAGUAUAAUUUUAGGACAUAUAAUUUUUAAAAAGUUCUUAUUUAUAAAAAAUAUAUAAUAAUACAUAUAAAAGUGUAAUUGCUGUCACAAGGAGUUCCCAUUUGAUGUAGAAUGCCUUUUGUAUUUUACAUUCAAAAUGCUAAUAUCUUAUAGAAGUGUUAUACUUGUAAAUAUAACAACCUGCCUAGAUAUAUUAACAUACACCACUUUUAGCAGAGAUAUUAAUAAUAAGACAGUUAUGUCAAAUGAAGGUUAAUGUUUUUCAAGCAUAUGUAUGUUUGUAUGUCCGGAAAUUUUGCGCUUUAUGUAUUAUGCAAUAUGAAUAUUAUAUAUGACACGGAUACAUCAAACGUGCCGGCAUGAUUGUCUGUGGCGUAUAUUUUUAAUAAAAAAGAAAAAUAUAAAAUCGUGCAGCGAUUUAUUAUGAAACAUUUUCGAAGUACGGGCGGUGAACAUAUCUGUAGAUACGGGACUAUGUGUCGCUACGUCAUAUUUUGACCGGUAACUACCAAUACCUCCUAACUAACAUUUUUAAUGUUUAGUUAUUUACUUAAUUGUAAAUAUUUGUUUCUAAGUUUCUACAAAUCUCCUUUUCUAUGUUACAUAGAGAAUUAAUUUUCACAUCUGUGUAUUGUGAAAUGGUAUUAGAACCAAUUACUCAUAAUUUAUUUUUUUUGAUUCAUAGUAUUUAGAAUACAUUCAGAGAUAGGAUAUUUUCUGUAGCUCAUGUAAAAUUUUCUCCAUGUCAGUUAGGAGCUGUUGGUGGUUAACCAUCGAUUUAUGUUUUUGUAAAAUGUUCAUUCUGUCUUAUAAGUGGUAGUCGUGGAACAUGAGGUAUACAUUGCUCUGAUAAGUAUUUGGUAAUGUGAAAAUAAAAUUUAUAAAUGAUCUCCAAAAAUAUUCGAAUAUACAAAUUAUUCAAUACUUUUGCAUUUAUGUGGAGUAUUUUAGAGUGCUAAUGAGGGCACUGUGUGGCCGGCACUCUCGCAUUUAGAGUGAACUUAUUGAAAGCAAAUUCAUUCGUAUUAAGUGAUAUUGGUAAGUGCAAUUUUUUUGUUAUCUCCAGAGUAUGAAAUGAACUAGAUGUAGUAUUAGAGUACAUUCUAUUAAUGUUUAAUUAUGUUUUUAUUUUAUCUGCAGAUAGAGUUCACUUAUUAUUGUAGUUAUAAACAAGAUUUGUAUCGAAUCAAAAACUUAUGUACUUAAAUAUAGCUUUUUUUU